CGCGCGGGAAUAUUCAACAAUGGUUUUUUUGAAACAUUCCACUGUUCCUGACUAAAGCAGGCUACAUGGCGUCGCCAAUUCCAGUAUACCGACCACUAUACGGAAGGUCUUUCUAUCUGGAUCUGAUAGGAUAUGGAAGAAAGAGGAUCGCAGACCUAGAAAAAGAUCUUUCUAUUCUUGGUGCUGUAAUUGACAAGUUUUUCAGCAAGGAAGUCUGUUAUCUUAUUACUAACAGGGUGGAGGCAAAAGAGAUCAGAAGUAGCUCCUCUCUCAGCAACUGUUCCCGCCCGAGUCCCUUCGGAUUCAAGGGAACAUCACCACUAGAUGCUGCAGCAUUUCCGGAGACAGCCAGCGUCAACCAACACUGCACGCGUGGGAAGGCCGUGCUAGAGAAAGCCACCAUCUCCGAGGCUCAAGGCUCAAGUAAAGUAGUAAGCAAUGCUCAGCUGUGGGGCAUUCCAGUACGUCAUGUCGACUGUAUUAACAGGUGGUUGCUAAAGGUGAAAGCAAAUCAUCCGACUCUGUUUGUUGGUUCCACGAAGCAGGUGCAGUGUGACAAAGCAAAGCUCGUUGAGACGACUGGAAGAUGCCUUAAGAUGCCCUACAUUAAAGUUGAGGACAACUCCAGGCACUACAGGCCGGUGCACGCCGAGCUGGCAUCAUGGCCGCGGCUACUCGCCGACAGUCGCACUGGCGUGUCGGCGUUCAACGUGCGGAAACCCGACGCGUGUCGCUCGAUCGACCCCGCGAGCCUAUCCGUCCCGAAGCCCUCCAACGAUAUGUGGGCAUCGCCAGCGACACCUGCUGAGCAAACAGCCGUGGCCAACGACGGCUCUCUGAGAAAGCUCAUAACUAGAGGAGAAUUCCAGCGUCGAAACCUGAGGGCGAGGAAAGCUGGCUACUGUGAGUCAUGCUGCCUCAACUACAACUGCCUGGAGAAGCACUUACUGGACCCGAAACACAGGCAAUAUGUCGACAAUCAUGCCAACUACGCUGAUCUGGACAGACUCAUUGCCAGUGCCCAUAGCUGGGACUCCUUUCUUACUAAGCUAGAAGCUGAUAGGGAAGAAGUCGUAGCACGACCAUUACUGCUGAGAUCGCCUAGGCAAUCUGCAAACAAAGCAGCAAGUUCAGAGCAAAAAGUGCAUAAGGAGAACACUGUCCCUGAGCAGUCGCCGCAUGAAGCAUCACCAAUCAAACGGCCGGCAAGGAAACGGUUGUGGAAAGAAUUGUCGCCAAGAAAACUGUCGCCAAGGAAACAGUCGCCAAGAAAGCGGCCAUCGAGAAAACCGUUGAGCAUUUCCGGCAGUGCUUGCACGCAGGAAUAUGCUUCACAUGGAAGUUCACCUAGUAAGACCAGUAGAAAAAGCUGUCACAGAUACGCAGACAACGAUGCGUCACAAGUAGGUGGCGCCGCCGUUCGUCGCUUUGACCGACCAGCACCGAGAGACAGCACGAAUCCCAAGAACGCCACCGCACGAAAGGUUCGUUCCGACAAAGACGACGCGGAAAAGAGGGACGUGGGCUUCGACCUGCCCCGCCUUCGACUGGCCAGGUCGCCGAAACCGACCGAAAAGGCCACAGCCUCACCUGCGAUGUCGACUUGCAGACGCCUCUACGUCGAGAACGUAGGUAAGACACUGAGCACCGAGAGGGGAAGCCCGACAUUGCGAAGCUCUCCUCGGAGCAUCGGCGGAGACGCCGGCAGCCGCGGGUCGUCACUGGCGCGUAACUCGCCGAAGCGACUUGCGGAUGGCGGCGAGGGGAAGGAGAGGUGGCGUGCAGCGUUGAGAUGUGGCGAGGUGAGGAGUUCACCCGGAGUGACGAAACCUGGCGUCCUACAGAAGAGAAAGAACUCGGAGGCGACGAGAGUCGACGAUGGGGAGGAAGCAGAGUUGGGCAUUCCACCCGCAAAAGAUCUCAAGAGCACAGUCAGUGGGCAGCCUUGCGAUGCAUAUGAAGGCGGCUCACCUGUGGCUCACAACGGCGCAUCGACUGUAUGUGCGCAGGCGGGGGAAGUGAGCUCCUCAUGGUUACCGAAGCUGCGUUGCUCUCCACGACUCGCGCAGAAGACUGGCGCAAUUGUUGUAGGUGCACGUCUCGAUGAGCGGGAAUCUAGUAAUGUCAUCGAACCGGUAGCAUCCGCAGGCAACAUGCAGACGUCCCUGCCAUUGGUGAAUGCUUCACACUGCAACGCCUCUGCCGGUGACCGAGUCUUGAGGAAUAACGACGAUUGCUCCUGCGCAGAGAAUAACGGCAGCGUAACCGAGUUACUCGUGUCUCGACCGCCAGACGCCUGCGGAGCGCUCUCAGCCGUUGUCGCGACGGAGUCGGACUUGACCACACCCAUGGUGGACGCGUCGUCGUCGUCACAGUGCCUCGCUGCGACGUCGCCGAUCCGUCGAGCGAGACAACGUAGACGCCCCAUCUCGUCACCUAGAAGUCGCCUGACGCCGUCGCCCGCGGCCGCGAGGAGUCAUCGGGGCGCGUCGAGAGCUGUCGUUACCGGCUGUGCGGCCGACGAAGUCAGCGGAGAGCAUUCGGCCAUCGCAUGCACCCACAGAGAUGCCCUAGGCAGUAAGUGGCGGCCGGCGGGCCGGAGCCAGCUGAACGAUCAUUACCUUCUCAGCGAUACGUACCCAGGAGGGAAGAGGGUACUGGCUUCAGCAGGUGUGCAGCAGCCGGGAAAAAUCUGUUCCGCGAGCAGGGAUCGCCCGGAAGACCAGGGAUGUACGACAGAAGUUAGCAGUUGGGCGAACACAAGUCAAUAUGCUAAGGGUGAAUGCAGCGAAAAUUCAACUGGGAAGCCUGUCAUUUGUGACGACGUUGCAAUACUCCAUAGGUCCAUAUCUAGCCAAAUGGAGUCUAGUGGAGUGGACCCCAAUAUAAUGGACUCUAAACCAGAAAUUGUGUUAGCGAGUUCUCAGUCACCAAUUUUUUCUGAAACCUUGACUACAAAUGAUGUUGCUGAUUGUGAUGACGUCAGUGUGCAUGAUUCAGAAACCACGGCUCUGCUAGCUGGUCAUUUUUCACCAAUUCCUGCUAAAGAGCCGAGCGUGCAGACUGGUGAAGGCAAUGCUAUCAUUACUGAGCAUGGUUCUGAAACUGAAAGUUUGCCGGCAGAUCCUGUAUCACAAACUUUUGCUGUGGACCCAAGCACACAAUUUGUUCGUGCUAGCCCAGUAUGCUAUAGUAAAACAGACGUCAAUACUCCUGACUCUAAAUCAGAAAUUGUGUUCGAGAGUUCUUACUCGCCAAUUUUUCCUGAAACUUUCACACAAGCCAGUGCUGAUGUUGUCCGCAUGAGUGUUCCUGACUCGGAGAAUGUUCAGUUUCCAAUUGACAUCGUAAAGUCAGUCGUGCAAGAGAGAAAGUCAGAUUGCAGCAAUGACAUGGGUAGGCAGAGGUUGGGACUAGACGUGCAUUCUAGAAUUCAUAUACUCGAGAAUGAUGUCGUUCCCAUGGUUGUGCACUGCGGCUUCCCUUCAUGUGAAUUGAACCCAGGAGCUGAUGCAUCAACCCAGUUUUCAACUGAACCGAUGGAUAUCUCUCACAGUGUUCUUGGGUGUGUCAAAACGAAAGCUGAACCUAUGCCGGGCCAAGUACUGACCACAAUAAACACUGCUCAGCACGUAGAAAAUGAUCGAUCCCCUGUUGAUAAGCUUACUUUACUGGUCUCGUCGAACGGUAAUUUGCAACAGGAACGAACACCAGGUGUCGCCAACGAGCAGUCGGCUGGAGAGGAUGGGGAAGACCUAUUGGAAAUUCUCACCCUCAACUUCGGCGAGUCGUCGGACGAUUCGGAUGCGUGGAACGAAUGCAUGGAUCGCUUUAUAAGCAAGCGAACGUCCGGCACACAGCGCGACACACCGCUGCCAACCAUUGACGAAUCGCAUCUCUUGGAAGAGACUCCCGCAGCUCUCGUUGCAGGGUCAGCAGAUGCAAACACGCUUGUCCCUGGUGCUGGGGAGGGUGUGCCCAUGCGAAGCCCCGCACGUGACGGUGGUAUACACGGUGAUCUCCUUCUUAAGACUGAAGGCUCCAGUGAGUGUGUGAGGGGCGAGGUGGUGUCCAUGACUUCAGAUGCUGUCGCCAGCGAGCGGUCCUGUCGUGCCGAAACAAAGACGCGCUCUAGAACGACGAGGAAGAGUAAACGCAAGCAACGACGAAAACCACGAUCUAACAAAAGUUGCCGCGCCUCGACGAACGAACCAUCGACGCGUGCCGAGCUGUCACGUGACAGCGACGCGACGUGCCGGCCUGUCGCUGAGCAGUGCGACUCGACUGCGGAGUGUCGACAUCGCUCCGAUGACAAAAAUGGCGUCGAUAAUCCCCCGCUGCAAAACACAAAACUCGUUACUACGUUUCAGGCAGGAGUGUACACGGAUGGAGGCUUCGCGGUCACCUUAGAUGGACAUCGGCCGGCAGUGGCCACUAACGAUGAAGCUGCACCAGCACCUGCGGUGUUUGAGGUCCUAGACUGGAGCGGUCACGUCUCGGACCCCCAGCCGACGCCGAGUGGCUGUCGUCCAAGCGGCGGUCAGCCGUGCGAUGGCGGCCAUAGCCGCGGGCUGGCAUGCGAGAAUCCUCACGCUGCGGGACGAGCAGUCACGCGCACGCUCAGCAGCGCGAAGAGACCGCCUCUCGCCAGAAGAGAGAAUCUUCAAGCAGCCAAAAUUGUCACUACAGAUGCGAGUCAUCCCGGCUUACUUCCCAGGAAAGCGCACACUAAGGGAGCAGUACUUCCCAUUGCGGUGCAGUGUCCUGUGGGCAGUGAUAGUGCUGCUCACUAGAAAGCAUGAAAAAGGCAGUUGUUGUCGGCCUUGAUGGGACUAGACUGGACCGGACAAGACCCUGAAGCCCAGAAAAGGGACAGGAGAUUCAACAUGAUGGGAAUAGCAGCUGUGACACAACACUUGAAUGACAAGACACAGAUGUGACCAAAUAACCAAAAUACGUUGAACUAAAGAGGGCAUCUGAGUAUCACAUGCAACAGCAACUCACUCGUUGGAACCCAAGCAUCUCUUUGACAGUGCUGCCUUGUCUUGCAGUAAUUUCCCAAUACAAGUGAUGGCAGCCAUAAUGCAUGCUUAUGACCUACAUAGCUUUUAAGGAAAUCUAUAGUAUACUAGUCUAUAGUAGUAUACUAUCUAUAUAAUCUAAUCUAUAUAUAUACUAGGCGUAUCGCUUAAACGAUUUGAUCUCGGACCUGGGCGGCACGUUCGGCUUUUACUUUUUACCUUUUACCUUGGCCUCUCCAAGGUAAUUAGCAUCAGCGUUAGCAUUAGCCGAAGCCAUCGAUUUAAUCCAGGAACUCAUCCUCAUAGCGAUAAAAAGAUGUCGCCAUAUUUGUCCACAGGUGCCAACCACAGACACGUGAGUAAUGACGCCUCUGUAUACAGAGAUCAUGCAUAGCAGGGGUGAAUAAAACUAAUGUGUGUUUUUAUUCACUACUGGCGUAUAUGUAUAUAUAUGUAUAUAUAUAUAUAUAUAUAUAUAUAAAUACACAUUCACACAAACACUGUAAAUCUCUGAUCAUAGAACUAUGAAUGUUGCACCCUGCAUAAACUUCAUUUAUUAUAGAUAGAACUUGAUAUCAACUUAUCAUGUUCUAUGUAUUUGAACUCUGUUUACGGAUAUCAUAAACUC